AUGCCUAUAGAUUAAGAGUUUUAUUAUGAAGGAAGUGGAGGUGCAUAUAAUGGUUAUGUUGAAAAAUUUAGGAAAUUCGAAGAUUUAGGAGCAGGUGGUGGAAUCAUAAUUUUAAAUGGUAUAGAUGAAAUUUAAUUAGAUGGUUCUUUAUUGGCUAAUGGAUAAAAAUUUUAAAAUGAAAAUCUAGAAGGAAGUGGAGGUUCUGGAGGAUAUAUUUUUUUAAAAGCUAAUUUUAUUAAAGGAAAAGGAAUAAUUUCUACAUAAGGAGGAGAUUCUGAUGAAAAUGGAAAUAAUGGAGAAGGUUCAGGAGGCGUGAUUCAUAUGUAAAGCUAAAGUUGGGAUAAUUAAGAAAUAUAAUAAGAAUAUUUUGUAGGAGAAAUUAUAUAUUAAAAAGGAAUUAGAAAUUUCAAUAACAUGUAUAUGUAAGAUGAGGAAAUUAAAAAACUAGUUUCAGCUGAUGAUGGAAUUUUUAUACCUCAAAUAUGUCCAUCAGGAUAUUAAGCAAACAAUAAAGGAGGUUGUUAGAAAUGUAAUAUAGGUUAAUAUAAAAAUUUUUUAUAAGGAAAUUGUAAAAAUGUAACUAAUAUAUUUCCUAUAUCAGCUGCUAAGUUAAAUCAUAAAUAAAACAUAUUUGAAAGUUUUUAGGGUUGCUAUUAAAUUUGCAAUGAUUUUGAUUGUGAUCCUGCUAAAUAUUACGUUCUAAACAUCAUUAGUUUCAAAGGGAUAUUAUAUAUUAUUUUUUAUCUUUUUGUUAUUUGUUUAGGUUAUGUUUCUAGAAGAUUUUUAAGAAUGUAGCCUAAAAAAAUUGAUAGUAUUCCCAUACAAUAUGUUAAAUAUGAUUUUGAUGACUAAUAAUUUUCUAAAGAAUGUAGAAACAGUUCUAAUUUCUAAUACAAAGAUCUUCUUUAUCAUAAAUAUAGAUUUUAAAUUUAUGGUAACAACAAUGUAAAUAGUUUUUGGUGUAUGUAAACUUAAAUUCCUGAAAAUACAGAAUUCAUUUUUGAUAAUAAGGAAUUUAAAGAUUUUGCUUAAAAAGUAAACAAGAUUUUAAAAUGGAAAAAAUUUGAUAUAAUUAUUAUUAAAAUUCUUUAAUAUAUAUAUUAUCCUUUAUAUUGGUUUUUCUUACUUCUUAUACAAAAAAAAACCUAUAAAAAAAUUAAAAAGUUCAUUGAUAAUGAGCAAUUUCCUAGAUUUAUAAUAGGAUUAACAGAAUAAGAAUAAAAAUAUAUAAUAAUGAAGAUAAGUAAAAGUGAUGAUUAUUCAUUAUGUUUUUUAGAUAUAUUUAAUUACCAAAAAAUAAAUUAAAAAUACUUUAACAUAAUUUUACCAACAAUAAUUCAUUUUAGUGGAGAAGGAAAUUACUUAAAACCAUAUUACAUUAACAUAAGAGAUCAUUUUUUGUAAAGUCUAUUUUACGCUUGUAUUAGCCGAAGUUAAAUAAAAACUUAAGACAAUUGUAAUAUCGAUGUUUUUUGCGAUAAUUAUAAUUAUCAUCGUUAAAAUGGGAAAUAAUUCGAAUUGUUUAUAGCAAAAUUAAACAAAUAUACAAAUUAAUUAGAUUUUAAUUGCCCUAUUGAAUAAUUAAUAGCACGAUUUACAUAGAUGAUAGAAUAUAUAAAUAAAAUUAACGAAAAACUAUUUUAUAAAUUUGGUUUAAAAGUUUAUUUUUUAAUUAUUGAAAUUCCUUUAAAAAUUGAAAAGUUAAAAAAUUUCGAAUAGAAAAUUACCUUAUUUGAAAGUACAUGGGAAGAGGAAAAAUUAAAAGAAAAAAUAAAAUAAAUAUAGGAAAUUAAGCUCUAUUAAAAAAAAACAGAUAUUAAAUUAUCUUUAUAUUUAUUUAGUGAAAACGAAAAUCCUUUAAAAAUACAAUAAGCCUUAUAGACUUAAUUAGAAAUAAAUAAUGAAUAAGAAUAAUUAAGAAAUUUUUCUAUAAAUAAUAAAUCUAAAUCUAGUUCAGGAGAUUGUACGAAAAUUUAUGAAAACAAAUUAAGCAAAGAACCUGAUAUUUCUAUUUAAUAAACAGUAGAAGAGUACAUGUAAAAUAUAGUUUUAUUAUUAAUUUUAUUAAAACAAAAAAAAGAGAAAAUUAUAUUUAUGAUAAUAUGUACCAAGAUAUAGAUAUAAAUAACAAAAAUUAAGAAAAUGAAGAUGAUUACGAAAAUAAUUAAAACCUCGAAAAAUAAGGACCAGAAAAAAAAAUAUCCAAAAUAAAUUAAUUAAUUUUUCGUUUAAAUAUUUUUACUGGAUAUUUAAGAUUUGUUUGUUUAUCUCAUUGUAGUUCUAAAUAUCCUAAAGAGCUUUUACUUUUUUAUUAACUUCGCUAAUUAUUAUUGA